UGUCGUCAUGCUGGCGUGUCGUGUACAUUGCGUGGACUGCCCCACCCCCUUGGCCGGCCCCUCAGCGUGAUUUGAGCGGACUGACUUUGACGCCAAAUGUGCAAAGACGCGCACCCGAGCACGGUGCACUAAUACGGGCGUUGCGUUCAAAAUCCACCAUAGUCAUCGUCUUCUUCACCGUCUUUCCCGAGAGAAGCGCCUGCUGGACUAUGAUUCUCGCCUCUUGAGGAAUUCCAAUCUUUUCAAACUUCCUUGAACCACUUGACAACCUCCUCCAUGGGUUCCCGCAGCCAAAGCUUCUUCCACCAUCACCACCAUCGUAGCUCUGUGGUACCAGGGGCGGUGCCCAGGCUGCUGUCGGACAACGGGAGCCUCCUGGGGGGCAUCGCUCAGAUCACCCCCAACCUGUUCCUGAGCAGGGGCAACGUGGCGUCCAACCGCAGCCUGCUGCUGUCCAAAGGCAUCACGUGUGUGGUCAACGCUACCAUCGAGCUGCCCAACUUCAACUGGCCGCACAUAGAGUACGUGAAGGUGCCGCUGGCCGACAUGCCGCACUCGCCCAUCUCCUUGUACUUCGACAGCGUGGCCGACAAGAUCCACAGCGUGGGCCGCAAGCGCGGCGCCGUGUUGGUGCACUGCGCGGCGGGCGUCAGCCGCUCUGCCUCGCUGUGCCUCGCCUACCUCAUGAAGUACCACCGCGUGUCUCUGGCCGAGGCCUACGCCUGGGUCAAAGCCCGCCGACCCGUCAUCAGGCCCAACGGCGGCUUCUGGCGCCAGCUCAUCGAGUACGAGAGGAAGCUGUUCGGCAGGAACUCUGUGAAGAUGGUGCAGACGCCCUAUGGGGUCGUACCGGAUGUUUACGAGAGGGACCGCAGGAGUCUGGCUCCGUACUGGGGCCUGUGAGCCACCGCUGGACUCGAAAGCCCAAGGAGUUUUUAAAAGAACUCUGGUUCGCUUUGAACAGGAGAAAGUCUAGUCUUUGAGCGAAAAGACCACCGGGAACACAAUGCAGUCAAACACCGGUGCUGACUAGCUGUGCUUGGCUCCUUUUGCUGUCAUGUCACGUGGUGGUUUUGUGCCAGUCUUACAGAGCAGCAUGCUCAAGUCUAUGGUAGCAUUUUUGAGAGCAGUGUACAAAGACAAAUGUAUGAAAAGAGUUUAUGAACAUCGCAAUGUGCUAGUAAGUCACCUAUCCGCCAAGCAGUACAGUUUCUACAGUCAAAACGUCUUAAAGCUACCAAAUGAUUUAGACCUCAUUUUGGGUACCAACCACAGUGGUGCGGUACCUGAGGUAGUGGGCGGAGCUAGGCAUGAUUGACAGAGAAUGUUCACUGCAAGGUGCCGAAUGGAAGGGAACAGGGAGAACAAUUAAACAAAGUCAAUUACAGAUAGCAUUUAAAUGUAUUUGAAUUUUACAUCUGUUUCAAAAUAAUCUUUGUUCCAAACGGAAACUAGCUCUGGUAUUGUUUCAACACAAAUUUAAAACAUAACAACAGAAAUGCAACAAUUAAUCAAUUAGAAAAAAGCUUCAUUUAUAUUCUGUUGCUAGAUUAAUCGCUUUAAUGAGUGUAACUAAUAAACAAAUCCGGAACGUGUGGAGUGCCGGGAACUAAAUAAUCGGCAGUGCAACAGAGCACACAUGAGAGCGGUGUGGGUGCCAUGUGUGGUGGCGAACAGAGUUUUUUAAUGUUAAAACAUGUUAAAAGUGUGUUUUAAUGUUGAUGUGUGAAUUUAUUAGAAAAAAGAAUGAAGGUUAUUGCAAGCAGUUUAUUUCAACUAUUUUCCCCAAAAUAUGCAUUGAGGCUAUAAAGUGUGUUUUAUCGGAUUACUCAAUUAGUCGGAAAAAAUUUAAAUGGAUUACUUUAUUACAAAAAUAAAGGAUAGCUGCAGCCAUAUAAACUGACUUUUAAUAUUUAACAAAGAUUUCCACACAAACUUACUAUUUACUGAAGGGUUUCCACCGCCUUGCAGCCUUUAUCUGUGCUGGUCUAGAACUGUACCCUUGUGUGGAGUGCUGCUCAUAUUAACAAAAGAAGAUCCUUUAAAGAUGUUAUAAAAUCUACUGUUUUGAAAGGCAAAAAAAAAUUUAAAUGGUGCCGCCGUGUCAAAGUGUCUGACAGGAAUGACUGAUAUCCUAUUUUUGUCCAUAUUUAAAUCAGAAAGCUCCCUUUGCAAAGCUACGACUGCUCAAUUUCGAGUGAUGGUCAUUUUAACAAUAUGUUUAUUGUUGUGGUUGUGUUUCCAGCGAGACUACACCUAAUUUUUCUCUCAGUAUGACGCAGCACAAUAAUAAACAUACUGUUACAUUUAUAAACACUUUGGGCAUCUUUUUAAUGUGCAACAUUGCAUUCAAUCUUAAACAGUUUUAUUUAAAUAAAAAAAAAAAGAUGUGGUUUUACCUGCAAUUUUAUGACAAAUAAAGCUAGCGUGCAAUUUUCUAUUUGUGUUUAAAACUGAAAAAGAGAAACAAUAAAGACCGAGCA